GCCUGUCGCCGUAAGGGGCAGGCCGGCGGCGAGGAGGAGGAGCGCCACCGUUGCUGGCGGCGGCAGAAGGACCGUGGGUGCCGGCGUCCGGGCAUCGGCGGCGGCGGCGCCGGAGGCGGACUACAGCUCCAGCGUCUCGGUGUUCCCGGACGAGGCGUGCGACGAUCUUGGCGGCGAGUUCUGCGAGGCGCCCUACCAAACCACCAAGUAGCUACCCACUAGCAGCAGCAGUACAUCCAUCAAGUUGCACUUCUUCUUAGCAGGGGUCGAUCGAUGUACAUCAUGUGAAUAAUAAGCAAGAACAUGCUGCUACGCUGUCUGUACUGUUUUGCACAUAAACGAAAUGCAGUGAUCAAUUCGUUCGUCUUAAAUUCUUAUGAUCCCUCUGUUCCAAUGAACUUAAAUGAAAGAAAAAAUAAUUUACAACUAAACAACAUAAUUUUAUUUAUGGAAAACCGUUGAAAAAAAUUAAAGGUGAGAUAGUUGAGGCGGUUUUGAAGAAAAAACCGAUAAAAAAAUUCCUUACAAAAAGAAAGAAAAGAGAUAAUAAUCCCGGUCGAUCGAGUCCGUAUCCGAUCCCAACUACGAUCGGCCCGUCCAUCCUAUUCUACCUACAAAUACUCUGGCGAUCGAUCGAUCCUGCUUCCUGCCCAGCAAAUCAAUCAAGCAAAAGUGCAGAAUCAAACUAGAACGCGAUCGAUGCUCGAGACCAUCUGCCUCCUCCUCGCCUACAAGCUCAAGUACCCGGGCGCCUUCUUCCUCCGCGGCAACCACGAGUGCGCCGCCGUCAACAAGCAGUACGGCUUCUACUCCCAGUGCGCGUCCCGCGGCCCGCGCGUGAGCCACGCCGAGGGCACGUCCCGAGCAUACAAGCUCAGGUACCCGGAGAGGCUCUGGGAGGAACUCAACGCCGUCUUCGCCUGCCUCCCGCUGGCGGCGCUCGUCGGCCGCGAGGGCGGCGGGGAUGGUAAGGACAAGAAGAAGAUCCUGUGCGUGCACGGCGGGCUCUCGCCGGAGCUGGAGAGCCCGGACCAUAUCCGCGAGAUCAAGCGCCCGCUGGCCGACGUCCCCGACUCCGGGCUCGUGUGCGACCUGCUGUGGUCGGACCCCGCCGCGGACGGCGACAACUGGGGGUGGGGGGACCCGCGCAGGUGCACGUCCUUCACCUUCGGCGCCGACGUGGUGGAGGAGUUCUGCGAGAGGCACGGGCUGGCCAUGGUGUGCAGGGCGCACGAGAUGAAGGAGGGCGGGUAUGACCAAGAGUUCGCCGGCGGGAAGCUUGUGACCGUGUUCUCCGCGCCCAACUACUGCGGCAAGUGCGGCAACGACGGCGCCAUCAUGACGGUCGCCGGUGACCUCGCCUGCUCCUUCCGCGUCUUCCACCCUGAUACUGCCGCUACUCCUCCUCCGGCUCCUAUUUAUCUUCUUUAGUCCGGCAUACAUAAUUCAUGUUAGUUUCAGACGCCUUGUCAUGUAAUGUAAUCUCCAGCUCGUCGUGUCUUUGUUUUAUUAAGAGUGAAUUUCAGUUUUUGAAUGUAUUGCAGGUUUUUAUCCCAUUUAGCGAAAGUUUUACUAGAUUUAUCAC